AUGUCUUCUUCUGUGCCAUAUGACCCAUAUAUUCCUGCCGAGGAAUCAAACUCGCAAAAUAAAACCGCAGCUUUGAAAGCAGAAAUCGAUGAUACCGUGGGUAUCAUGAGAGAUAACAUCAAUAAGGUGGCGGAGCGCGGUGAAAGGCUCACUUCAAUUCAGGACAAGGCCGACAAUCUCGCCGUCUCCGCUCAAGGAUUUAAGAGAGGUGCUAACAGGGUUAGAAAACAAAUGUGGUGGAAGGACUUGAAAAUGAGACUCUGCCUUGUCUUGGUGAUUAUUAUUCUUUUGGUGGUUAUUAUCGUUCCCAUUGCAGUUCAUUUCAGCUGA